AUGGAGCUCUUCCAAGCUAAGGACCACUACAUCCUGCAGCAGGGCGAGCGCGCGCUGUGGUGCAGCCGCCGCGACGGCGGCCUCCAGCUCCGACCCGCUACUGAUCUGCUGCUUGCGUGGAAUCCCAUUUGUUUGGGGUUGGUAGAAGGUGUUAUUGGAAAAAUUCAGCUUCAUUCAGAUCUUCCAUGGUGGCUUAUUUUAAUUCGGCAGAAAGCCUUGGUGGGCAAACUUCCAGGAGACCAUGAGGUCUGUAAAGUAACCAAAAUUGCUGUACUAUCACUUUCUGAAAUGGAACCUCAGGAUCUUGAGCUAGAGCUCUGUAAGAAGCAUCAUUUUGGAAUUAACAAACCAGAGAAGAUUAUACCAUCUCCUGAUGACUCAAAGUUUCUACUGAAGACCUUUACGCAUAUUAAAUCCAAUGUGUCUGCUCCUAAUAAAAAGAAAGUUAAGGAAAGUAGAGAAAAGGAGAAGCUGGAGAGAAGAUUACUCGAGGAGUUGCUGAAGAUGUUCAUGGACUCGGAAUCCUUUUACUAUAGCUUGACCUAUGACCUGACCAAUUCCGUGCAGAGGCAAAGCGCCGGGGAGGACCCCCGUCCCCUCUGGCAAAAGGUUGAUGACCGAUUUUUUUGGAAUAAAUAUAUGAUACAAGACCUUACUGAGAUUGGUACACGAGAUGUGGACUUUUGGAUCAUCCCCAUCAUCCAAGGUUUUGUGCAGAUUGAAGAGCUUGUGGUUAAUUAUAAUGAGUCAUCUGACGAUGAGAAAAGCAGCCCAGAGACCCCACCUCAGGAGUCCACCUGUGUAGAUGACAUUCACCCACGAUUUCUAGUGGCUCUCAUUUCACGCCGAAGUAGACACAGAGCAGGAAUGCGUUAUAAGCGAAGAGGAGUGGAUAAAAAUGGAAAUGUUGCAAAUUACGUGGAGACUGAGCAGUUAAUUCACGUGCAUAGUCAUACCCUGUCGUUCAUUCAGACACGAGGCUCUGUGCCCGUCUUCUGGAGCCAGGCUGGAUAUAGAUAUAACCCAAGGCCUCGGCUGGACAGAAGUGAAAAGGACACGGUUGCCUAUUUCUGUGCCCAUUUCGAAGAACAACUGAAAAUUUACAAAAAACAGGUUAUUAUUAAUUUGGUAGACCAGGCAGGAAGAGAGAAAAUAAUUGGUGAUGCUUACCUGAAACAAGUGUUGCUCUUUAACAACUCACACCUCACCUAUGUUUCAUUUGAUUUCCAUGAGCACUGCCGAGGAAUGAAGUUUGAGAAUGUCCAAACACUAACAGAUGCCAUUCAUGACAUUAUUCUUGACAUGAAGUGGUGUUGGGUUGAUCAAGCUGGAAUAAUAUGUAAACAAGAAGGGAUUUUUCGAGUUAAUUGCAUGGACUGCCUGGAUCGCACCAACGUGGUCCAAGCUGCCAUUGCACGAGUGGUCAUGGAACAACAGCUGAAAAAAUUAGGUGUGAUGCCCCCGGAGCAGCCAUUACCAGUGAAAUGCAAUCGGAUUUAUCAGAUAAUGUGGGCCAACAAUGGUGACUCCAUUAGCAGACAGUAUGCUGGGACAGCUGCUCUGAAGGGUGACUUUACAAGGACAGGAGAAAGGAAGUUAGCAGGAGUUAUGAAAGAUGGUGUUAACUCAGCAAAUAGGUAUUACCUGAAUCGAUUUAAGGAUGCUUACAGGCAAGCUGUUAUAGAUUUGAUGCAAGGCAUCCCAGUGACAGAAGAUCUUUAUUCCAUAUUUACCAAGGAAAAAGAGCAUGAAGCUUUGCAUAAGGAAAAUCAGAGAAGCCACCAGGAACUAAUUAGCCAGCUCUUACAGAGUUACAUGAAGUUACUGCUGCCUGAUAAUGAGAAGUUCCAUGGUGGCUGGGCCCUUAUUGACUGUGACCCCAGCCUCAUUGAUGCUACUCACAGAGAUGUGGAUGUGCUGUUACUGCUUUCUAACUCUGCAUACUACGUGGCCUAUUAUGAUGAUGAAGUUGACAAAGUAAACCAGUAUCAACGACUAAGUCUUGAAGACCUGGAAAAAAUAGAAAUAGGUCCUGAACCCACUCUUUUUGGUAAGCCUAAGUUCUCCUGCAUGCGACUGCACUACAGAUAUAAAGAAGCAAGUGGCUAUUUCCACACACUGAGAGCUGUAAUGCGCAACCCGGAAGAGGAUGGGAAAGAUACCCUUCAGUGCAUUGCGGAGAUGCUGCAGAUCACCAAGCAAGCCAUGGGAUUAGAUGUACCUAUAAUAGAGAAAAAGCUUGAGAGGAAGAGCAGUAAACCUCAUGAAGACAUCAUUGGCAUCAGAUCUCAAAACCAAGGCUCUCUGGCCCAGGGAAAAAAAUUUUUAAUGAGCAAAUUUUCAUCUCUAAAUCAAAAAGUGAAACAGACCAAAUCCAAUGUAAACAUUGGCAAUCUACGAAAGCUAGGAAACUUCACAAAACCUGAAAUGAAAGUUAACUUCCUAAAACCGAACUUAAAAGUAAACCUUUGGAAAUCAGAUAGUAGUCUUGAAACCAUGGAAAACACAAGUGUGAUGGAAAAUAAAGCCCAGGCAGAGUCAGAAGGGGAAAUCUCUUCAGAUAAUGACUCGUAUCACUCUGAUGAAUUUCUUACAAAUUCCAAGUCUGAUGAAGACAGGCAGCUAACUAACUCUUUAGAGAAUGUAGGGCCAAUAGACUAUGUUCUUCCUAGUUGUGGUAUUAUUGCUUCAGCACCUCGGUUAGGCAGUCGAUCCCAGUCUGUUAGCAGCACUGAUAUCAGCAUUCACGUUCCUUCAGAGGUUACUAUUGCUCAUGACAGUGGGCUUGGAAAAGGCCACGAAUCGUCUUUGAAGAAAAGUCCUUCUGCUGACAACAUAAACACAUUGACUGGCUUUGCUAAGCCUGUGGAUAUUUACUGCCACAGAUUUGUUCAAGAUGCACAAAACAAAAUGACCCAGCCAUCAGAAACCAGCCCUGUUUCUCAGCAGGCUAGUGAGGAAGGAAAUCAAAUGACCAAUCAAGUUUCUAGUGAAGAAACUCAGUUUGAAUCGACGGAACAGCUACCUUCUCGACCUUGUCAAUUAGACGUGUCUUUUCCUGAAGCAGGCCCACAGUUUUUGUCAGUUGAACCAGUGCAUUCAGUUGUAUCUCAAAAGACCCCCGGCUCUGAAUCUGGCACGCUUGAACUUGAGAGAGGGCUUCAUGUAACUCCUUCUCCUUCAGAGAGCUGUAGCAGCAGAGCAGUCUCUCCUUUUGCAAAGAUUCGAAGUUCUAUGGUCCAGGUUGCUAACAUUACCCAGGCUGGGUUAACCCAGGGGAUAAACUUUGCAGUGGCAAAGGUUCAGAAGAGCCCUGCAGAUCCUGAAGUAGUUAAUGAAGUCCAGCAAAAUGAACUUAAAAAUAUGUUUACACAAUGCCAGACACGAAUAAUUCAGAUUUAGUUUUUAGUCACAUAGAAUCCUGUGGCUUUUAUUUAAGUCCCUCAAAAAAAGGUGUCACAGAGUGUGUGACACAGAUCUAGGGAUCACAAAUUCUAAUUACGUUAAUUUGGAAAGGUUUUAAAAGACUGAACCUGAGCAGAUUUCCAAAUCUGAGAGCUAGGACAAUGGAAGUGCAUC